AUGGCACGCAAGAAGAACCCCAGAGCAUGGUUAGUAGCGGUGGCCGUAUCGACUGCCGUGGCUGUUUCAUAUUCCAUCUACAACAACUACCUAAAACCAUCAGAAAAAACCUCGGAAAUCAGUCGCAAGAAAUAUACCAAUAAGUCGGUAGCGUUGACGCUUUCGCACUCGGUACUCAACUCGCAACUUCCACUAAAUGAUAUUCUCAUGAACUCUGAAAACGUGACGUUUAUUCUUCCUCCAAAUUUAUCAUUGGAUGACUUAGCAUGUAAUAUUAGCGACGAAAACGAUGGGCUGGCUACCAAGUUACCUCGUACGCUCAUCCAGAACUAUAAGCUUCUCAACUGCAAGAACAUUCAGGGCUACUUUAACCUUCUCAAGAACUUGAAACCAGAUACGCUUCUCGUAUGUUCGGAUGAUUUGGGCAUUACCUCGGCUGUACCUCGGGACAUCAACCGGUUUGUCAAGGAGAUUAUCAACAUUGACCAGAAUAAGGAAGAUAUCUACUCGAAGAUAUAUCCGUACUUUGUGAAGUAG